AUGUACCCUUUCAUAGAACCUCGGAAAAUUGGCGAGAAGUAUAGAGUAGAGAAAAAUAUGCGAUGUCUUAGUCUUCUCCCCCGGGGGUGCGGCCCAAUGAUAAGUGUUAUGCAUGUUCGCUUCAUAACUUCAUUGAGCCCGGCGGGUGCAACAGCCGCAGGUUUUCAGCCUAUCAAUUCAACGUGGACGAACACGUUGGGGACAGCGACGACAUUUGCUAGCACUGAUCAGAGUAAAAGGGAAGUGAAAGCGGAAGGUGGAGCGUGUACCACAUAUCUUGCACCGAAAAGCAGGGCCCGAAAGCGCACAGUCACAGGGACCGUAAAAAUUCUGAUGUCGAUGGCGUGCACCUCAGAGAGGGAAACGAAAAGAAGCACCGUCAUCACAACCGCCGCUUGUGCGGAGGAGACAAAAGAAGCAGCUGAGGGAACUGUGGCUGUCGAUGUCACGCCGCAGCCCGUAGACCCACGGCGGCUCCUCAGGGUACUUCGGGCGUAUAUUCGCAGUGAGGCUCUUCUGGAAAAACUCUGCCGCUCUAAGAUACCUGCAGUGCGACGCCACUAUUUGGUCAUUCGUGCACGGCGGCAGCGACUUCCGGUGCUUCACCGGGACAUUCUUCUGAACGAAGUUACACGUGUUGUUGAGCGGCGCGAGGUUCCCCUCAUUGAAGUCGCUCGGUUACUUAAACUGCGCUGGCCCGCACAAUUUACGGAUCUUUCCGGCAGCCGUUGCCUUUCUUUUUUGAAGCGCAGCCUUAUGUCGUGGAUUGCGGAGUUACUGCGAGAGGGUAAGCUUGCACCAGAUGGCGCGCGGACGGUACUGUCGCAGUGCCCGCGGCUCUUUCAUGGGCACAUAUCGCUCAUGAGCUCUAUUGUAGAACGGGCGCUCCUUGACGUCAACACAAUACAAAACCCUGAGCCUAUCAUAGUUUUGAUGUGGUCGGUGAAUGAAGCGGGCACACAUGCACCCAAUCACUUUUGGAGGCGUGUUGUGGGGAGGCUUGCGCAGUUGAAUCGCUCGCUGAGGCAUAGAUUCGGAGACACGGUGCAGCUGGGGAAAUGUGAGAGCGGGCACAAGGGUGACACUGCCGUCUGCAGCGCUCCUGGUGAUAAGGGAAAGGACUGUGGGGAAACCGAUAUCAAAAGCAACAACGAUAAUAAGGAGGGUAAUAUUAAUGACACCAAGCGCAACUAUACGGUGGGUCAUGUGUUUUCUGGACUUACAACUAGGCAGCUAUUCCGUGUUUUACGAGUACUUCGAAAGGAAUGCUGGUGCAACGAUGUCUCUACCGUUUACGACUUUGUUGACAAGGCUCUAAAAAAUAUUGCCCUUGAGGUGGAUGCUAUUGGAUCAUGUGAAGCCACUUCUCAAAAGCGCCCAAUGUCAAGGCAAACAAUCACCCAGCGCGUAAAAAAAUCAGCGGACCUCACUCCGAAGGAGUUGCUCUCGCUGUUGAGCAUCGCGGGCGAACUGGGUGUUGACUUCCAUGCAUCACUUGCGAGGACAUCGGACUUUCUCCUGGCGCCAAUGGUACAUUAUUUGGACCGAGGGCAGUUGUUGCAGUUGUCUUUUUUUGUUCGAAAGACACACUGCGACUCGCCAACGCUUUUGCAAUCGAUGGCGAAUGAAAUUGUACGGCGCGGGGUGAAUUAUCCAGUUUCGCUUAGCGUGAGCAAGGCGGUCUUGCGCACGGCGCUUCAGAAGCCAGUUCUGCUUUCACAACUCACCCUCACACCACUUGUUGAUCAUGUCAUAUCUUUAUGUAAGACAUAUGGCUGGUAUAUGCGAGCCUCGCAGCUGCUUGGUUGGGCGGAAGUGUUAUAUGAUCUUUCUCGUCGCCACGACCCAUCGUCAUCUGUUGGCGUCAACGUACGUUCGUGUGUAGAAAGACUCGCAGCGCCGUUGCGUGCUAUGCUCGAGGUGGGCGUGGUGCCGAUGACCGUCGUUUCCCGCUUCAUUGAGCUCACGGUUAUUCUCGGCAUGCGCGCAAAGCCACUUCAAUAUACGCAAUCCAUCAAACUGUGGGAGGAGCGCAAUGCUGCGGCGAACGCGCGUAUAACUUUUGCGAAGAGUGUCUUGAAUAAAGAGAAUGACACGUUGAUUCCGAUGGCGGAGUUCCCGUACAACGCAGCAGAAUUGGAGGAUUCUGGUGAGGUGGGCGAGGUGACCUCCCGUUCUACUGCUGAGCUGUGCAGGGCAGCGCGUCAGGUGUAUGAUGAGCUAAUUUACUUGUUUGAGAUGCAGAUGAUCAUGCGCUCGCCGAUCACACAAAAGGAGGAGGAUCGGCUGAAUGACACGUUUAGUCACGUCGGGUUGUACAACAUUGUUGUUGGUGCCAGAGCCAUGUGGCGGGUACAUCUUCAGCCUUCUUCUUUUCCUUCAGCCAAUGCCUCUUGUGUUGAGGGCGUCGUUCCAUUGAGUUCGCCUCACCGUAUUUCCUCUACACCGCCUCGAGCACUACCUGUGUGGGUGGAGCGACGCGUUAACGCUAUUGUCGAGGGCCGCAUAAGGCGGGCGAAUAUAAGCGCCACCUCAACCGACGAGGAUGUGCUCCGUUUGUUCGGGCAACGCCGCUGUAACGCAGCAAAAGUGCGUCACUUCAUGCAACUGCUGAUGGAGGAGUCGUCGUUGGUCUUGGUUAAGCAGCAGCGUUUCGUCUGGAUUUUUACGGUGGAACUGGCGCGCCGAUUUGGUGGGGAGCAGGAGCAGCAAAUGGCACAGGAAAUGUUAGCGAAGGUGCUUUAUUAG